CUCUCUUGUCUCUCUCUCUCUCUAAACAUAGUUAGCUUCACCGUUAAUAAAAUUCUCCGGUACCGGAAUAUUAAAAAACGAGAAGAACAAAAAUCACCAUUCUCAAUAGUUACGGAUCUCUCUCUCUCUCUCGUGAUGCUCAGUACGGUGGUGACGCAGCGGUUAGUGUAUUCUCGCCGGAGAAACAGAGAAGUUCGGUUAUGACCAUAGUCUCUCGCUACAAGAAGCUUUCGUGAUCGUGUUUUCGAAUUUUCAGAAGAGAUGGAAGGAGGACAAGCAAAGCUGACGAGGACACAGUCAUCAUUGCUCCGAUCACCGUCGACGAUGGCAAGAUCGUCUUUUCAGAGCUUAAGUUUAAUCCCUAGCAGCGAAGUCUCUCACCACCAGCAGACACAAGAUCUAGAAGCCGGUGAGAAAGAAGAGAAACAGAGAAGAAAACCUCUUAAACCGUUCGGGACAAGUCCUCGAACCGGAUUAAACCGAAUCAACCCCGGUUUAGCUUUCGUCAUGGUUUCUCUUUCCUUCCUCAGCCUCUCGUCUUUCUUCUUCUUCGUCGUGUUCUCCCAAACCGAUGAGAUUCUCACCUCCGAGAAUCUCCUCUUAGCUCUCAUCUUCGUCGCCGUCGCUCUCUUCUUCGCCUCCAAGAACAUCGCUCUUCUCAACCAAACCAUACUCACAAUCAAAGCGUUAACCUUCAAGAACCGGUCAAAACCGGUUCAAUGGUACAUCGGCGAUACCGAAUCCAAACCGGAGAAGAAGAUCAAACCGUUUGUUAAAGAAGGUGUUCAGUUUUACAGCAAUGGAGAUUUCUACGAAGGAGAGUUUCACAAAGGGAAGUGCAACGGGAGUGGCGUCUACUACUACUUCGUGAGAGGACGUUACGAAGGUGAUUGGGUCGAUGGGAGAUAUGAUGGUCAUGGUAUCGAGAGCUGGGCUAGAGGAAGUAGAUAUAAAGGUCAGUAUAGGCAAGGUCUUAGACAUGGUUAUGGAGUUUAUAGAUUCUACACUGGUGAUUGCUAUGCUGGUGAGUGGCUUAAUGGUCAAAGCCAUGGGUUUGGUGUUCAGUCUUGUGCUGAUGGUAGUUCCUAUGUUGGUGAAUCAAGAUUUGGUGUCAAACAUGGGCUUGGAUCUUACCAUUUCAGGUAAAUAAAUUAUUUUAACCAAUGCUCAAAAAAUCGCUAAGCGGUAAUUAGGCACGGAAUUAGUCUUUAGUGUCUAGGUGCCGCCUAGACUAAUUUUUUAUCCGUCUAUACCGAUUUUUAGAACACUGAUUCUUAAAAGACAUUUUUUUAUUUGUUUGUGUUGUGUAGAAAUGGAGAUAAGUAUGCAGGAGAGUACUUUGGAGACAAGAUACAUGGGUUUGGUGUGUACCGUUUUGCUAAUGGUCAUUGUUA